CAGACAUAUGUGUGGCCAACAACCAAUCAAACCUGAUUCGUGCCGUUAAACAUUUGAACUUUGAAUAUUCAAAAAUACAUAGUAGUGGUGUUCACGUUAAUAUAACUACUUUGAACUUUUAUUACUGUAAAAUAUAAGUAGUAACAUCUGUUAUUAUUAGAAAUAUUUUGUACAUAUAGUUUCAGCGAAUGAAAGUAUUCGAAAUAUUUUUUUAACAAUGAAUGUGUUGGUAUAGUAUUGAGUGUCACUGGUUUCCGCCAUUCCCUCCGCACCCCUGUGACUAACACAGCAUAUCAUCUUGUUAUGAUUGUAUAGUUCCUGUUCUUAUCUUGAAUCCAAAGACGUUUACGACUGUACUGUCGAAAUUCGCGACUGCUGUCAGUUUCCUAACCUCUUCACCGACGAAUGUCCCGGUGUUUUGUGUUGUGUUCAAUUAAUAGUGAAUUAUAAUCGCAUAACAUGAUGUCGCGGUCAGUGCGUGCAGAGACUCGUAGUCGUGCCAAGGAUGAUAUUAAGCGUGUAAUGCAAGUUGUUGACAAAGUUCGCCAUUGGGAGAAGAAAUGGGUCACAAUAGGGGAAACGACUAUGAAGAUUUAUAAGUGGGUGCCUAUUUCAACGCUUGAUCAGAAGAAGGGAAAGACUGUUGCAGAUAAAGAAAAUGGUUUGCCAAGAAAAAGUGGAUUAGAUUCUUCAAAUUCCAAUUUCGGACUUACAGAAGACUCUAAUACAUGUUUUUCAACGGUUAGUGAUUCUCAAGGAUUAACAGACUUUUCUGCGCAUUUGGGAUUUUCAGAAGAUUCAAAUUCGCAAAAUAGCGAACCAACAUCUAAAAGGUUAAAGACUGAUUAAAACUUAUUCUAUGACUGUUAUUUGGAAACUGAGGUAUUUAGGAAAUCAUUUAUAUCUUUUACAAAUUUGCACACGAUAAAAUUACCUUUAAUCAUAAUUGUCGCCGAUCAGAUUGAAAGAACUGUAUUCAUUUUCCAUUUUAAUUCAUGUUUAGUUACAAGUUUCAUGUAUCAAAGAACAGAAUAAUUUUAUGAUAUUAUUUUUUUAUAUGUGCAUUUGUUUUAAAUUUCCAUAUUUCAAUUUAGAAACUAAAACAAUUAAUAGACUAAUAAAAAAAUUUCUGUUGAAUGUUCAGUCCGUUUUAAGAUCUGUUUUGAAGGAAAUAAAAGCACGUAAGAUCUCAUUAUUGAAAACGGAUUGUACAUUCUUAACAAUCAUUGUGUGAUCACAGUAUUAUUUCAUUCUUGAAGUAUAUACAACAUUUUUAUUUACCAAAUAGUUACAUCUUAAAAAAGUGAUUGCAAAACACAAAGCAUUGUAAUCAUAAAAAUGUACAAUAGAUAAUGGUACAUUUAUUUUUGCUGUAAAAUAGUAUCUCAAAAAUCUUAUAUAUAUGUAUACAUAUAUAUAUAGAUUAUUACAUUUAUCUGUAUGGUAUUUAUACUUUAAAAUAUAAUCAUAUGUUCCAUAGAUUUUGCUAAUUGACAAUGAUUGUACAUAUUUGAAAUAUCGUUUUCUUUUGCAAUUUAAUAUUCUAGGACAAAUUUGCAUUCCUUCAGAUUAUGUUAUAGCACCGUGUCAUGUACAAAAUAGGCUUUGACAUUUAUAAAUAAAACAAAGUAAUUGUGAACAUUUCAAUUUAUGUUUAUACAAAUUUUCUAAAAUGAAUAAGAAGACUGUUCAUGAAAUUAUAAUUGUCUUUAUUUCUUUGAGAAUUAUUAUACUUAACAUUUAUAAUAUUGAGUGUGUGUUUUGAAAUAAAACUAUUAUAUAAAGUAGAUAUUAUAACUUCUGUAUGAUAACUGUAUAUGAACUUUUAUUUACUAUUAUUUUAAUAUUUUCCACUUAUUAUAGGCUAUGCAAAGGAGAAUAUUUAACU